AUGACCACAGUCGCCUCUGAAUCCCGACCUCGUCCAUCCAUAGAACCUAUCCGAACUUCAGGUCCUGGUCUCAAUGUCCGAUCUUUGCGAUCCCGUGUCAUCCAAAAGAGCCCGUUAUGGACCCCUUCACCCCUAUCACCCCACAGUCGACUUCUUCCACAACUUCGAGAGCCCGAAGAUGAUGAUAUGGAGCAAGAUGAUGAUACCGGAGUUGAUCAGCUGGAACCCCGAAAGCGUGAUCUGCCCAAGCUUGAGUCCAGUCUAUGCAAUGUUUCUUUGAGACCGAUUGCACAACCUUCUCUCUUAAGCUCUAGCCCCAGCACUUUCCCAUCUCGGCGCUCUCCCCUUUCUGCGCCACUCUUAGCUCCUCCAGUUUUCCAAAGACCUACUCUAGCAGAUGAGACAAGAAGCAUGUUGCUUCAGGAGUCAGACGCUGAGCGAGGUGGUGACUCUCCUCAUGUCGACUAUGAGCGCCGACAGUCUGCCCCUGGUGGCCCUCUUCACGCCAGAGCCAUGCACCUUGCUCGACAAAGAGAGCAUCAUCGUCGGCGAUGGAUCGCAGCAUCAUAUAGACCUCGUGAGCCUGAGAUAUUUGUGUUACCUGUCGAGCUUCGUCGCUUGUCUCAGUUGUCUCCGAGUGACGCGGAAGCGUCUUCAUCCUAUCCUCCAGAGAGACGUUUGACUACCCGUGUGGCUGUUCAUUCCCCUGGCCGGAAGUCAAUUAUACUCACAAGAACUUUCGACUUGGACGAGUUGAGAGCUACACUUCCAGUUAUGAGCCCUCUUGAACGACACAAAGAGGAUAGGCGUGCAUCAGUUGUAACCCUUCAACCUCAUUCUAUCAGUUCUCGAGCAUCCUCCCCCGGAAUCCCUCGUGAAAGACGCCAUUCCCAUGGUGCUCUCCCUGGAUUAGAUCCGACGCACUCGCCAGCUUUUGAACGAAGAGGCUCACGCCAGGGUUUCGGUCCUGUCGCUAUACGCCUAAGUUAUGCUCGAACAUACCUUCCCGUCCUGGCAGCUGUCAUUCUCUCAGAACACGUCCGUCCUGGUGCCACGGUUGAGAUCCCCCUCCCACAUCCUCACGCUUGGGAGGGCACUGUCGCACAUGUUUACACCGGACGAGUCGCACUUACUGAGCCCAUCAAGCAGAACAUCCUGUAUCUUGGAGGCUCAGUAUAA